AUGUAUGUGAAAUGUUUUGAUACAGUAAUAUUUUACUAUGUGAUUUUAGUGAAUUUAGUGAAUGUCACUUUUAAAAUUUUCACAUUUCCCGCCAGUUCCGCCCCUGUACGUCCUGACGUCGCAGGGAACGGAACCCCGAAGACAGAUGCCGGCAUCGGCCAGAGGACAUUGCCAGGGACACUGCAGGGGAAACAUUGCGGGAGUGCAGGACAAGGUAAGUGCAGAAGGAAUCCCGGAGCAAUGCUGCAGGGUAUUCCUGAGUGUAGCUCGGGGUUACCGCUUGUGCUACACUCGGGAAUACCUCCAGGGAGGUUA